UAUCAAGUGAGGGGAUUUUGUUCUCAAGGUUGUUUUUUGCACUAACCGGUUUUCGAGUCUUUAUUGGCGGUAGAUAUUUAUGUGGUCAGAUGAAGAUUCGUUAUCAGAAGAAACUAAUAAAUAUGGUUCUAUAGGUCACUCAAGUAUCCUUACUGAAGGAAAGGAACCGGUCGACGAUAAGAAAAACAACUUACUAUCUCUAAAUUGUUUGGCUGAUCCUGUUUGGGAAUUAUUGGACCCCCUACCAGACAUUAGAUUGCUGUUUUCUUCGUUCGAUAGUCAGUUCUUUGGGAAUUCACUCGGUGGUGUAGAAGUCAAAUGGAGCUCUCGGAUGACUCUUUGCGCAGGCGUUUGUAAAUUUCACAAGCCUUAUGGACUAUGUUCUAUCAGCUUGAGUGAACCCCUUCUUAAAUUCAGACCACGCAAAGAUCUUGUGGAGACUCUUUUGCAUGAGAUGAUUCACGCAUUUUUGUUCGUAACAAGGAGGGACAAGGAUCGGGAUGAUCAUGGGCCCAAUUUCAUAUCUCAUAUGCGUCGCAUCAAUUCGUUGGCUGGUGUUAAUAUAACGGUUUAUCAUUCAUUUCACGAUGAAGUUGAUACGUAUCGCACUCAUUGGUGGCGUUGUACCGGUCCAUGUCGUGACCGUCCACCAUACUUCGGCUAUGUUAAACGUUCUAUGAAUAGAGUGCCUGGUCCUAAGGAUACUUGGUGGAGUCAGCAUCAAGCUACAUGUAUAGGUAAAUUUGUAAAAAUCAAGGAACCUGAGAAAAAAGUUCCAUCUAAACGAAAAGCAUCAUUUGAAAACAGUUCAAAAGACCAAAUCACAUCAACAAAACAAAUUAAGAGUGGUGAUAUUCGAAACUUUAUCACUAUCAGUAAUGAAAAAAACGAUUCCGUUUCAGAGUUUGUUAGUCAACCGAGCAACAGUGGAAGCAGUUCUUCAUCAGUUCAUAUUUGGCCUAGUGACGAUAAAGGUCAUGUCCUUGGAAAAGGUUAUUCAUUCAGUCAAGAUAUAACACUAACCGAAUCCAAAUCGAAUGAAAUUGAAACAGUUGAUUUAUCAGAAGUAUUGUGCCCUAACUGCUCGCAUACUGUUCUGCUUUCUCAGAUUAAUCAACACUUAGAUAUAUGCCUUUCAUAAAACUAUUUUUAUAAUUUUUUGAAAAUAAAAUUUCUUAUAGUAUUGUAAUUUUAAUUUUAAUAGUUCAACCUAAAAUGUUUUUAAAAAU